AUGAAUGUGCUUAUUUCUUCAGUUAUUUCAAGCGGCGAGAAAAAAAUAUUCCAGAGCAGCGGUAGUGGCAUGGUAUUGAAAAAGACUUCUGAGCAUUCGUCAAAAUCACAUUCCAGGGACAAAUGUAGUGGAUUUACCGUUAUGUUGAAGGCAUUGGCGCAAGAUAACGUUUUGCUUCUAAGCAUUUUGCAUGGUGUUCCGGAAGAGGAACAGGACAAGUUGGCGGAACUCCUGGUGCAUUUUCUUUGGAUUGCGAGUGAGGUUUCCCCGAUAGAAACCUCUCAAAUUUUGUCGGUGCUUCUUCUGUUAGAGUUGGAUCGUGCCACACACAAGCGGAAUGAUGUUCACACAUUUAUGCGAGGGAAUGGUGUCGUGCCCAAGGUGUUUGAGGCUCUUUUGGCCAGAGUGACCAGCAAUGCGGGUGGACUUGAGGAACAGCUGCUGAAUUGCUGCAACAUUUUACGUGAGGACGACGUCGCUCCCACCUUGGCGGGGGGCGAAUCUCGUCUUGAGGAAGACGGUGGAGAGAGCCGCGGCGAGGCUUCUUCGCCCAAAUUUCCCUUUGAGGGACUUAAUUAUUUUGAAAGUAUGACUGCCGUGCCGUCAGAGGAUGACGGAGGCAUUUCACACAAUGAGGACACUUAUACGCAGGCGAUUGUGGAGAUGGCAUAUCGUAUUUCAAAUGUUGUCUACGCCUCCGUUUGCCAGUGGCCCUGGAGCUUGCGGCAAUCUUUGCGAUGUCUCCUGGAAACUGUGGGCGCAAGUUUCCGGGAUGACGUGCACCUUGGACCCACAGGCAGUGACAUGGAGAUGUUGACAGUUUUGCAGCAAAAUAUGAUGGCAACGAUUGUGGUUCUUCGAGCGGUAGUACCAGCCCUACUAAAUACGGUUCCCCGUUUACUCCCAGGAGUAAGUUGCUUUGACACCCAUUACAUCUUGGUGCAAAAACGCUGCACUUUGUUGGCGAAGUUGUCACAAAAGGCGGCUCAUGGGUUAUUGUUCAGCGGCCCACAUGAGAGGGAGAUGACUGCUUUUAAUCGGGAAAUACCCGCACUUACACAGAGGUGGGCAGAUGUAUUUCUGUGUGUGUGCCAUAAAACGGAUCCACCAACUCCACGUGAAGAGGGUGAUUUGAUGAACCGUUCCUCAGAAGUUGCACUGCAGUUUUUUGAAUUUCUUGAUCAUCAUGUUGUCCACUUGUUGCACUGGGUGCUGCAGCACAAGCCAUUGUUGGAACCGACUUAUUGUGGCCGUCUGUUGUGCCUUAUUAGGUAUGCUGAAAGACGAUUGGGAACUGUGGGUCACUUUACUUCUAUUUCAUCUCUGUCUGAGCUCACAUUUCCCGUCACGAAUGAUGGUUCCAACUCGUCAAGGAUGCCACGGCCUGCAUUCGGCUUGCUGUCACGUCUUGGUCAUUUUCGACAGCUCUCCGAUGGGUAUGCCGGGAGCAAUAACGUGGAAAAUCCACCGCCAGAGGUAAUUUUUGAUGAGCUUCUUUCUUAUGCCCUAAGCGUGUUAAUUGAUCCGGAGAUUACAAAAUUGCAUGCUUCCUUUUGCGGCAUUUCUGGUAUUGCAUCCGAUGGAACAGUCGGCAUUUUUGUUUACUUGGACUUACUAAGUCUAUACCUUGCCGAGUACCAGGCAGAAGAAGGAAUUGAGCUGCAGAGACGAUGCCCGAACUUUUUUCGUUACAGAAAACCUUUUGUGAUCAACGACGGUGACUCUUUUGCGUAUCUUUUUCUUUUUAUACAUUUGGCGGUGUCAGCAAAAGGAAGUAAAGGAUUCCGCCUGUUUGUUGUUGCCUCCAAUUCCUCAAGGUGUUGUUCGUGGGUGUGGGACGCGUUUCGUUUAUUGCCUUCCAUAUACACGGCACAGUGUGCACAUGUAUUUCUGCUGAACCCGGGGGAUGUGCAUUUUUUACCCAGUGAUCGUGAACGCUCUUUUGGGGUCACUGUAUGCCGACGGGCGAGUGAGUUAUUUCUAUUUUUGGAAGAAUUACGGCUUCACCUGCCCCUUGGUUGCGUGGAGUACCAGACGCUGUUACUCAAAGGAAAGGAGGAGCAUGACCAAAUUUUUGGGAAACUCUUUCCACCUGUUCUUGAGGUGGAACCAAACAACACAGGAGAAAAUGGCUGUGAUACAGGUGUUGAAUCGAUGCUGCACGCAUCACCGUACGUCCAUAUAUGGCCUCUGGCGCUGAUGUGGGAAGUGUUUUUAUUGAUUCAGUCCGCCAUUGCUCCUCCAGAGGCCUCAUCCUUAUUGACGAUAGCGGAUGGGGUGGGAAGUGAUACGGGUGUACGACCAAUGCCCAGCAUUCCCAAACAUUUUUUGAGUCAAUGGCGUAUGAAUGCGGUGGAAUUUUUCUGCAAUUUUGAGGGUGAAUUGCUGCUGCAUUUGGAGAUUGAACCAAAAUGGCUUCCCAAGACAAUUUUGGGGAGUUAUGGCAGAAUUGAGGCUCUUUUGCGACCAGUCAAUCAUCAUGAACGCCGAUUUCGUUGCUCAUGGUUUGCCGUGACUCAAGCCAGGGAAAGCGAAGUGGAGGCGUAUGAGAGUUGUCUUAUGCGUGUACUGUUUUUGGCGUCCCGGAGGUUUUUUGCGUGGGAUGGUCUUUGCUCAAAUAGUGGGCCCAGUAAAAACGAGUAUUGGCCGAAUGUCGUUCCAAGCUUGCGCCACACGACAUUGGAGUCGCUUUGGCGGCUUUUGCUGUAUAAUUUAUGGAAUACGUUUGCGUUGUUGCGGCAGUUAUCUCAAGGGCGUUGUCCUAUAACAUGCUUGACGGAGGUCAUGAGGGCUUACUUGGGUCGUUCUUCCCAGCAAACUUCCAUAGCUGACCAUCUUCAUCUCUUGGCCGGAGAUGAAGCCCUGUUGAAAAUGGCUGCGAAUGCCAUUGCGAAUUCGUCUGCAGUCGGAUGUGGACUUCUCCGACUAAUUGUAGAAAUUUGUGCGUUUGUUCGCAAAAUAGAUUUGGCAGAAAUUGGCUCUGCUGCCAGUAAACAUGACGGUGCUGAUGCUGCGAGGAAGAAUGCCAUGACCGAUGGAGUUAUCCGCAUUAUAUUCCGUAACGAAGAGCUUGAUGACGCUGAACUUCUUGUCGCAUACAUGAUUGCGACCCAGGGCAGGAGGCUUUUACCGUCAGUUUGUAAUUUUUGUCCCCCCAUCGAGCGCUGA